UCUGCUGAGGAAACGAGUGGCCGAGCUGCUCCUGAGGGGCGCGUUAGAGACCUCGAACACCCAGUCUAGGGGAAAAGAGGCAGGUGCUCUUCCGAAGGCAUGGGAAGAGAUCUGGGUAGUGGGAGCAAGGGACAAGGAAGAGGAGCUCCAAGGGAAAUAGAGCAGGCCUGUGCCUUCCCACAAAUGGGGGGACGGUAGGAAGACACCUCACAGCUUCCUGAAGUAGAGUCCAAAGCUGUGUGAAGGAAUGAAAAGAGACUUGAGUAUCUCCUGACAUAUGGGUAGAGAACUGGGUAAUCUGGCAUUUCUGAGGAGAUGGGGACACCUGUGUUUUUGAUUGCUAUGAGGAAGAAGCUUAGUGUACAACCCCCCACACUUUCACACUUUCAGAAAUGACAGGGGAAUUGACCAGGUAUCCUCUCAUUGAGGGGCAAAAGAGAUGAGGGCAGAAUCUUACCUGAGGGUCCUGGAGAGUGAUCUACUAGACAGAUAAGGUGCUGCAAGUCUUGACCCGUGGGUCAGGGCAAGGCUUGCUCUACAAGGAACUGAAGGAGGCCUGAAUUCUCUCAGCAUGAAAGAAGUCUCAGAACUACACCCUACCAGACACAAAGGGGGCCUUGGUGCUAUUUGGAAGAAUCAAGAAAUGGGGUUUUCCUUCUUACCGGAAGAAUCAGGAAAAGGGACUGUCAGAUAAUUCUAGUCUUACAGAAGGAUUCUUUUCUGCCCCCCUUACCUCCUGCUGAUGGUCACCAAAGUGCUUUUGGAGGAGUUUUUCAUGAAAUGGUUCUACCUGUCUGUUCUAAUUUUGUCAGCCUUAUAUCAAUUAUGUAUAUUUAAUGCUUUUUGGUUUCAAUGAUGACUUUUUCACUCAUAUUUACUUCAGCAAGCUUAUGUUGAAUAGCUAACUCAUACUCAACUUCACUGGGUUAACUUGGACCCUGUUUUGGUCUUGUCCUAAGCAGAAAUCCCCCAGACUCUACUGGAAUGACCCAUCAAAGAACUGUUUUUCCAUUGCAUUCCCAAGCACCUACCAUAGUUGUCUCCCAUCUGUGACUUAUCCAGAACUCCAUUUGCUCUGGAUAUUUUCCUCACAGUGGUUCUCUGCAGCCUAUUUGAUGAUAUCAUUACAUCGGUAGACUGUGGAUCAGCUACUAAAUGGAUGAGAAGGAAUAAAGAAGGAAAAACAUCAAAGAGUUUUGGCCUUAAGUAAUAAAGUUUAACUUGAAAAUUUCUUAAGAAUAGACUGCACACACAAACGAAUAGACUACACAGUCUACAAAGGUUACAGUAGAGUGUGGAGUAAAUACAUUUUGAGUUACCAAAUUUCGGAAUAUCUGGUAUUUCUAUUCUAUUACUUUCAACUCUGCAGUCCCUGCAACCAUAUGAUACUUGUGCUUACUUCACACAUAACAUCUUGUCAUUUUUUCUACUUUGGUUUUCAGGACAUAAGAGAAUAGAUUUAAUUAGAGUAGGUCAGAUAUCAUUUGUUUAGUUUUCCAGUAGCUUAUCUGAGUAGUGAUGUGGUCACUUUCAAAGUGCCUUUUUUGUCUUUGAUAAUAACUACAAAAUAACUCUUACUUUUCACGUAAGUUUGACCUCUUUCCUUUACAUGUGUUUCCCUAGAAUUACAGAGAGUGUUUUGUGAUUCCGCAAUGAAUACUCUAAGGCUCCCUCCAUGAAAUACCCAAAGGAUCAACUCCUUCAUCUUGCCUCAGGAGUUUGUGUUGCUUUAAACAAGAGCUACUCUUCAGUUUACAGUCAACUCAAAGAGAUAAUCUUGUAUUUAACCAAUGUAGUCUUUAGAGCUGGUUUCAGGUUACUUGCUAUGAAUCUGGUAUUCAGGGUAAUAAGAGAUAUUCAACCCAAACUUGUUUCUCUAAAGAAUGUUAAAUGGCCAUGUUGAAUCAGACCCAUGUCUCUGACUGACACUUGACAGACAUGUUGUGGAUGACUAUAAUUAUCUUCUCUAGUAAACUCCCAGGUUAGAAGAACAACCAAAACACUCCUGUGGGGUUCCAAGGUGUGGAAGGGAUAAGGAGUAAAAUACAAAUUUCUGUUGAGGAAGAUAUUAAUCCAAUAGUUAGUCAACCACUUAUUCAGAAUGUUGUAAAGACUCAAGGUAUAUGGUUGAAAUUAGAAGCAUCCUUCUAAGGUCUUAAUUUACUAAGCCAUUAAUUUUUAAAAAAUUUGAACCACUAAUUUGGAGUAAUAAAUUCCAUUAGUUUACUACCGCUAAAAUAUUAUGUCUUUUAAAUUAAAAUAUGAAAAUAUUUAAAAAUGUUAAAAUAGUAACAGAACAGUACAUGGUACAUGAGUGUCCAAUAAAUGCUAGCUAUUAUUUUGAUUGACCAUACAUUUUAAUGGUUCUUUCUAGUCUUAAUUCUUUAACUUGCAGAAAUUCAGAUUGUGUACUGUAAUAUCUUGCAGUUACUUUUCUCCUCUAGUAUAUGACAAUGUCCUGUAUCUCUUUACCUUCUGUAGUUCCUUAAGAGCAGGUACUGUCCCUCUUCAUAUCCAAAGAGCCGAAAUCUGUGUCUGAUAUUGAGUAGAUAACUCAGUAAGUUUUUGUUCAGCUGACCAUAAUUAUGGGUCACUUAAGGUGCCUAUGAUAAUUGACAUUUCUAACUUAGAAAUACAGAAAGUUCUAGACAUCUUUUAGGGUAAGGCAAAUCAUUCCAAACAUUUCUUGCAUCCCUUCUAUGUACCAGAAAGGUGCCUUAGGGAUUUUCUAGUAGGCAGGUUCUUAGAUAGAAGUUUGAUAGUCAAAACCUAUUUAUUAUACUCCUCCUAUGUGCUGGUCACUCUGCUGCACAUGGGGAAACUGCAUGGGAAACUCGAGGAGGAGAAGCAAUCCUUGCCCUCCCAGAAUGUAUGGUUAGUAGGGAGAGGCCAACAAAGUGGGAUGAUGGUUGUCAGAGAAGAGCUGCAGGAAUUGAGGGAGCAAGGACACAGGCUCGAACCUAGUCAUGGAAGUCACGUAAGGCCUCCCCCAGAAAGUGAUGUUUGAAAGAAAUCACGAAAGAUUAGCAGAGACUAGCCAAAAAAAGGAAGAGAACGAGAAUUCCAGGUAGAAGAAACACGUGUGAAGGCUUAGGUGAGGAAAUAUGGCAUGUUUUAGAAAUUGGAAAAAAUUCAGUGAUAGGAGCCCAGAAUGUGAGGGGAGUAACUAUGAGAAAUGAGGCCUGUGAUGGGUCAGGGGUCACACUUGGAGGAUAUAAGCCAUGUUAAGUUGUUUGUUUUCACUCCAUACUAGCAGCAACAGGAUUCCACUGCAGGAUUUUCAAGUGGAGAAAUGGCUUCUCUAUGGAGAAUGAAUUGGAGGAGAGCAAGAACAGAAAUUAGGAAACUGAUGAGGAACAGCUGGUAAAAUCUAGGUGCAAGAGCACUGCUGCCCAGAAUAUGGGGUGGCAGCAAAGAUGGAGAGUAGGGAUAGUUAAAGAAAUAUAUAGGGAUUGGAUGGAUAGAUUGUGGUGGUCAAUUCCAUUUAGAAAGAGAAGGAAGCGAGGAGUCAAGAAUUAUUCCUUAAUCUCUCGCUUGAGAAAAUAAGUGGAGGGUGGCACUGUUUGCUGAGACAGGAAACAUAGGAGUAGGUUUGGGAAGGAACAUGAGUUCAGUCUAAGGAUCCUACAAUAAAUCAUUGAGGCAGCUGGAUAUAGUGGGUAUAGAGUUUAGGAAAAAAGUUUAAAUGUGAGAGUCAUAAAGGGCAGAAGUAGAAUUCAGAUUUGAGGAAUUUUUUUUCAGGUUUCUGCAGUAGUUUUAAAGUUCAAUUAAAUGCAGUCUAAUGUGAAAUAGAACAGACAUCCCAACUUGUUAGGAUUAGCUCAAGGGACCCUAAAUUUGACAUUGAAAAUUGACGUAAACUGAAAUGAGCUGGACUUAAGCUGCUGGUUCAGUCUUUUCACACCAACAGUCAUUUCUUUUGUCCCAUCUGGAGCAGUCCUAUAUCACCCUCUCGAUGAGUGUACUGGGCAGCAGCAGGGUGGUGGUUUUUUAUGGGAAGCUACUGGUUUUGUCAUAGAUUUGAGGAAUUUUAACUUGGUCAGAUGCAAACCAAAAUCAAUUGAACCAACAUAUGUCAGUGCCUGCUGUGGGACGCACAAAGAUUUUUAGAGAAGACAGAGCAUCUGUCCUCACUGAGAAUGAAGUGCAUUGAUGGCAAUAGUUGUCUGUUCAAUUAACUGCAAUACAGAGCACAGUGUGAUAAAUACUGUAAGACAGUUACAAAGCAAGUGCUGGGGAAAUGCAGAAAAAAGAAUGAUUUGGCAAUGGCUUCAUGGAGGAGUGGCCUUUGAACUGGUCCUUGAAGGAAAAAAUGAGACGAGAAACUCAUUUCAGACUUAGGGAAUAACAAAGGCACAGAAACUUGAAAAUACAUUAUAUAUUCAUGGUUCAGUGGGUGGUUGGUAUGGCCGGAGCUUAAGAUUUUUGGGAUAUUGUAGUUGCACAUAAGACUAGAAAAGUAUUUUGGGAUUAAAUGACUUUGUGUGCCACUCUGAAGUAUUUGUAUUAUAGGCAAACAAUUGCGGCAGAGCUGAGACUUGGAUUAGGUCUUCAGACUACCAGUUACAUAUUCAAGCCUUCAUCCAUUGUAUGCCUACUCUGAUCAGGCACAGUCUUAGACAUCUUCACAAAUACAGAGCUCUUACCUAAACUCUCUUAAGUGAUUCUCCCCUUUCUUUUCAGCUGUGAAGACUGAUAGCUGCAGAGUACCCUGGGGAUCUAAGUUUUCGGUCAGAUUGGGACAGUGCUUUGAGUUAGAGUCAAGUUGCACAUGGUGCUGGACACUGGUUUCCUCAACAACUCUGUAAGGGAGAUUCUAGGUGAGAGCAUCUCUCCAUUCAGUCUGAGGCAAAAAGGUAUUAAGCAGUUCCUGGAGGUCAUGCAAUUGGAUUCAGCAUUUAUUAAGCAACUACAUAAUUCAAGUCACCUUUCCCUUUUCAUUUGGCUUAGUUCAGUCAGUCAGCAAAUACUUAAGUAUUUGUAAAGGACAGAGCAUUUGGUAAGGUGUAAUGACUGGCUCCAGAGAAAAUAAAUAGGAGCUUACUGUUUGGAUGGAACUGGUGGUGUGCCAGUAAACUGCCUCUCCAGAAAAAAAAAAAAAAAAACUCUGAUGUGUAACAUUUACCAAUUUCUUUGCUGUAAAUACUCCCAGCAUUGCUGGUUUCAAGAUACCAACUUGAUGUCACUGAACUUGGAGUUGGGAAGAGAUUCACACAAUCAGUUCUCACGAGCUGGUAGAAACAGCUCCAGCACAGCACUGAAUAGAUCAGACAUACUUAAGAAAACCUACAAUAGCAACAGCCCUAGCUAUCUGACUUCAUGUGAAAGAUGGCUAAUGCAGAAGUGACUGUCCCAGUGGGGGAUGUAGUCGUGGUACCCACUGAAGGAAAUGACGGGGAGAACCCUGAAGACACUAAAACCCAGGUGAUCUUGCAGCUACAGCCUGUCCAACAAGGUUUGUUUAUCGAUGGACACUUUUACAACAGGAUUUAUGAAGCGGGGUCGGAGAAUAACACAGCAGUUGUGGCAGUAGAGACUCACACCAUACACAAAAUUGAAGAAGGCAUUGAUGCAAGCACUAUAGAAGCAAAUGAGGAUAUGGAAAUUGCUUACCCCAUAACUUGUGGGGAGAGCAAAGCCAUCCUCCUCUGGAAGAAGUUUGUAUGUCCAGGAAUAAAUGUGAAGUGUGUCAAGUUCAAUGAUCAGUUGAUCAGCCCCAAGCACUUUGUUCAUCUAGCUGGCAAGUCUACCCUGAAGGACUGGAAGAGAGCCAUUCGUCUGGGUGGAAUCAUGCUCAGGAAAAUGAUGGACUCUGGUCAGAUUGAUUUUUACCAGCAUGACAAGGUUUGCUCCAAUACCUGCAGAAGCACCAAAUUCGAUCUUCUGAUCAGCAGUGCAAGAGCUCCAGUGCCAGGACAGCAGACAAGUGUGGUGCAGACACCCACUUCGGCCGAUGGUAGCAUCACCCAGAUUGCCAUCUCAGAGGAGAGCAUGGAAGAGGCAGGGCUGGAAUGGAACUCGGCUCUCACUGCUGCUGUCACCAUGGCCACAGAGGAGGGUGUGAAGAAAGACACAGAGGAAAUUUCAGAGGACACUUUGAUGUUCUGGAAGGGAAUAGCAGAUGUAGGGCUCAUGGAAGAGGUUGUCUGCAAUAUACAGAAGGAAAUAGAGGAGCUACUCAGAGGAGUUCAGCAGCGGCUCAUCCAGACUCCCUUCCAGGUCACAGAUGCUGCUGUUCUUAACAAUGUAGCACAUACAUUUGGCCUAAUGGAUACAGUCAAGAAGGUUUUGGACAACAGAAGGAACCAAAUAGAGCAGGGAGAAGAGCAGUUUCUCUAUACUCUGACAGAAUUGGAACGGCAGUUGGAAGAGCAGAAGAAGCAAGCUCAGGAUCACAGGCUGAAAUCCCAGACUGUUCAAAAUGUAGUACUGAUGCCUGUGAGCACUCCUAAGCCUCCAAAAAGACCCCGACUCCAGCGGCCAGCCUCCACCACCGUACUGAGCCCUUCUCCUCCUGUCCAGCAGCCUCAGUUCACAGUCAUCUCACCCAUCACUAUCACCCCCGUGGGUCAGUCAUUUUCCAUGGGCAAUAUUCCAGUGGCCACCCUCAGCCAGGGCUCCAGCCCUGUGACUGUCCACACACUGCCUUCUGGUCCUCAGCUCUUCCGCUAUGCCACCGUGGUCUCCUCUGCCAAGAGCAGCUCACCAGACACAGUGACCAUCCACCCUUCAUCUAGCUUGGCGCUGCUAAGCUCCACUGCCAUGCAGGAUGGGAGUACCCUGGGCAACAUGACCACCAUGGUGAGCCCUGUGGAGUUGGUGGCCAUGGAGUCCGGUCUGACCUCAGCAAUCCAGGCUGUUGAAAGCACCUCAGAGGAUGGGCAGACCAUCAUUGAGAUUGACCCAGCCCCAGACCCAGAGGCUGAGGAUACUGAGGGCAAAGCAGUCAUUUUGGAGACAGAACUGAGGACUGAGGAGAAAGUUGUGGCUGAAAUGGAAGAACACCAGCAUCAAGUCCACAAUGUGGAGAUUGUGGUCUUGGAGGAUUAAUUGGGGAACUUGGGGCCAGGAGAUAUCUUUUGGUUUGGAAUUUUAAUUAUUUGUUUAUUUUUAUCAUUGUCCCACUCAUUUCCACAUAGGAUCCUUUUUUUUUUAAACAAAAUCUUGUUGUUGUAACUGAAAAUGUUGGGUCCCUCCUGCCACCUCAUUGAGAAAUGGACAAAACAGGCUGCCCUUCCAGAGUUUGAGAGUAGAUCAUUCAAUGUUCUAAUCUUACACCAAGAAAGUUAUUUCCUUUAGGGGAGGCAUCGAGAUAACCAGAAACCCUGUCCAAAAAGCUCUUCCCUGGCUAGUCUGUCUGCAUAUGGAUGUCAUUUUAUUUUUGCGAAGGUGCAUUGAUCAGAAAACAGAUCUGGCAUUGGAAAGCAACCCACUCACAUGUGGAUGCAAAAGGAUACUUUAUUUCAGAUCUCAGAAAGGGCCUCAGAAGCCAGUGCAAAACUCUGAAACAAGGAAGUUGAUCUCUGCUUGAGGGGAAGAUGGCAUACCAACAGCAGCUUAAAAAGGGAAGUGCUUUGGUGAGGAUGGGGCAAGGAAAUUUCUUACUUCCAAGAGUGUGACUGAAAGCUCUUAAGAACCUGAAGGUUGUCACCAUGGGUAACCGUGGGUGCCAGUUUUGAGGAGAGGCAGGUGAUGAGUGGAAGGGUACAGUUCCACAAAACAAGUGGCAGCUGUGGGCCUGUGGCUUUGCAGAAAUAGAAAUCCAGGGAUGCCACGGCUGGGCUUUGGGAUUGGAGGUGGUAGUUCACCCCCCCAACCCCCUACUCCCGCCUCCUACCCCCUUGUCAGAGCACUUAACUUCCUAAAUUGGGAUCAGCCCAUUCAUUUGCAAACUGUGUGAUGUGGUGAAAAUUACUCUGGUUCUUGGAUUGUAGUUGUCUGGGGGUGAGGCUCCAAGGCCAUCAUUUUUAUUGCAUGACUCCAGGGGCAGGGGAGUUCUUCAUCCAGACCAGAUGUCAUUUUUGGUGGGGCCCAUUUUCAGCUUUGGAACCAAAAGCAGCCACUCGUUUGGUGCUUCCUCUUGUUCUGCCCUCCACCCCUCAACCCGGAAUGGCUUCUGUCUCCUAGAUACUGUGCUCUGCAGUUUUUUUGUAGAUUGGCAGGUAGGUGCCUGCCUGCCUGCAUCCCCUUUUAGAUUGAUUUAUACCAUUUAUACCACAGAUGUUUCAGUGAGAUAUUGAGCUUGUUAACAAAACAAAACCUUAGGCUUGGCAGGGAAAAUUCAGCCCCACCCCACCCUCACCCCCACCACAGCUUUCCUGAGGCACUGAGUUGAUGUCUCCUCCUGAGUGAGCUGGACUCCCUGGGAAAGAAACAUUUGUCUGUAACAUUAUCUGAUAGGAAAUGUACCAGGAAUGUCAAAAAUAAUGUCUUUGGGGGAGGGAGGUUGUUUUGUUUACUUUUUAAAUGUUUGUGUAUUUAGAGCUGGGCCAUUUACAUGCUGUGAUUCCCUCUCUUUAACCCUCUUCAGUGUUUGGGGCAAGAGUGGACCCUGGUUUUUCUUUCUUUGAUUGCAUUGUUUACUGCACUAGGGAAAAUAUAGGGAAACUGCAGACAAUUUAAAGGAAAAAUAGGUUGAAAAGAAAGCACACACCUUAGGAGUGGGAGGAUUUUUUUUUUUAAUUAAAAACAAAACUUCAACCUGUAGUUUCUUUUUUUUUUUAAAGAAGGCCCCCACCUGAAACCAUGCUUCUCUUAAUAGAUGUUGGAAAUCUGGUCAGACAAGUGAAAACGUUGUUCUGCCAGAUCUCAGAUGGCUGUGUAAGUCAGAGAAGCCCUCCAAUUUGGGAGGAUCAAUCUUAAAAGCCUUAAGGGUGAGAUUUCUGCCCCAUACAGUUGUGGUUUCCAGCUUUAAAACUGUAUGGGGUUUUAUUUUUCUUUCAGAAAUAUUUAAUAGGCGUAGUAAUCAGCUUAGAACAAACCUUUGGCCCUUUAUAUAUCUUUAGUGAUGUAAGUGGCUUUUAUUUCCUACUUCUUUAGGUUUUCUGUCGGUACAUAAAAACAAAAAUUCUGUCUAAGACUGGAACUAGUACUUGAACCUGGAAAGACUUAUCUCAUCCCUAUUGUGGUUUUUAGAGACACUUUUCUCUUUCCCAGAGAUGACAGGACCAAUUUGGGACAGGAGAGGAGCCCCAGAGAAAACCAACACAUUAGCUCAGGUUCCUUUCUUUCCUCUGUCAAAGCUGUUAGUGUUUUAAGGUGAUCAUCAUGCUUCCAAAGUCAAGAGAGCACCUCCUAAAGACAAAGCCAGUUUACUUUCACUCUUUUGAGUAUUCCAGCUGGUGAAAAUACAUGAGCUUUUUGUA